AUGGCAUGCCCUUAUUGCACCGAAGAAUCUCAACCGACUGGAGUUGAACAGAGCAUCCGCCGAGGGCCUGAAAACGAUCGUUCUGCAGAGGCACAUCAUCGCCGAAUCCACCUCAACAUCGAGCUCCCUUCUUAUGCCUGUCGGCGGUCAAAGCUCAUCAAAAAGGCGCUACGAAAGCUCUCUGGAGCGCUCGAAACCUGGGAGCCCACAGAUCGUAUAACGUUGGAACUCAAUGUAUACUCACCCAGCGACCCGGACCAUUGGUUCAAGAACCAUCUUUACGGAUUCAACCACGAAGAUGAUGGAAAUCUCCUCGAGAAGCAGAAAACUUGGGAUGAUCCAAAACACGGCUGGGUUAAAGGGAAGCAAGUGACGCUUCCAAACGCAGCCUCUAUCCUGCAGCUAUUCAAAACAAUCAGUCCGGAGAUCGCGGCUGGCGCGAAACCCGCACAAGUCCCUGCCGUCAAGGGCAUUGUGAUCCGCCGACAGAUGCGACGUAGAAUCAACCCGUUAACGCUCUGCAUCCUGCUGGAGCGGUUUCCAAAUGCGGAGAGCAUCGACUACGAGCCGUGGCGGGUUCUGUGCCACUCACUCGAUGAAAAUGGCUCGAUUUACGGGCGUCAUGACCUCAUGAUGCAGGUUCUGCUUCGCAAACUGCCCCAGCACGUCAGAUCAGUGACUAUUUUCGAAGAUUUCAACGAACAAAUCAUGGAGGCUAUUCGCAACGACAUGGACCCGUCCAUCAUCAGUAUGUCCAUGCAAAUAGAGACUCGCCGGUUCACAAGAUCUGAGUUGGGGGAAGCCUUUGCUGUGAAGAGCCGUGACCUCGAACAUCUUUCUGUGGCGUUUAUGAUCGAUGCUCGAGACUUCCUCAGAUCUUGCAAGAUGCUCAGUGACUGGCCUCGGCUCCGAUCGCUGAUACUCACAGCGCCGAUCAUGACGAAAGGAUCUCGGGACAGUAUAUCUGGCUUGUUGGUCAAUGCUGGCGAGGUUGCGCAACAGAUGCUGCAUUUGAAGAGUCUCGCCAUCUGGCACUGCUCCCACGAGAAGGCCUGCGCAGUCAUCUUCCACAAGAACGAAAGGGAAGACAGAAACGGACAUGAUUCGGCGACCCUAACAUGGCGAGGAACACGCGAUUUCGAUUUCAGUAAAGAGGUGGUUGAGACAUGGCAGAAAGUCGUCUGCACAUGUAAUUCUCAUCAAGGAUGUUUUGGUCAAUGUGACUCUCACCAACUCCUUUUCAGGAUUGAGCGAGUGGAGGACGAAAUCAUCUCUCAUGGCGAUGCCAUCCAUCAUCUCCGUUUGCCUGAUGGUGUAAUUGAUCCUACAUCGCUGCGGCAGAUACGCCAGGAAGGGACAUUGCAAAGAGAGGCCUGGGCAGUGGAAGCUGAGCCCAGUGGAUGGACCUAA